AGAAGGCGGGAAUCCGUUAGGAUUUCGAAUACUCCGCCUCGGAAACACUGCAGUUGGGCGUCAGUCUGUCAACUUAGCUCUUUUCCUCCGGACACAACUUUAUUCUUCUAAGACAUUCAACUGUAAAAAAUGUCCAAGAAGGAGAUUUACUACUCGGACAAGUACACCGACGACGCCUUCGAGUACAGGCACGUGGUGUUACCGAAGCAGCUGUCCAAGCUGGUGCCCGGGUGUCAGCUCAUGUCCGAAGACGAGUGGCGAGGCAUCGGCGUCCAGCAGAGCCAAGGAUGGAUUCAUUACAUGAUCCACAAGCCAGAGCCCCACAUCCUGCUCUUCAGAAGGCCGCUCUCAAAAGACUGAUCUGUUCCACCACUUUGUCAUCUGACCGUCUACACACAAGCUUUUGUCAAAAAGGGUUAUUGUUUCUGUCAAAUUCCUUUCAUUGGCACAGAAAUGAACAAAAAGUGUGUUGGAUGUUUGCCACGGGCGUCCAAAGUGCCGCCCGCAAGACCCCAUAGCCCAACAUGAAGCUUAAGUUGUACAUUUUUAACAUUAGAAAGUGUUUUGUUUGUGUACUUUUUCAUGUUUUAUCUUUAUCUGUCCAUCUUUGUGUCAAACUGUAAAUAUUUUUCUUCCGUGAACAAAAUAAAAUCUGACAAUUUA